CGCUCAGUUCGGGAACCAAUCAGACGCUUGGAUUUGGGGUAUAUAAAUUACGUCACUUCCUCCUCUCGUCCUCUUUUCACCGUGUGCGCAGGUUUCCAUACGGCGUUGUUUCGUGCUCUCCCGUCUCACUCGUAACGCAGGGAAAGUGGUCACGAUGUCCGGAAAUCUGGAUGUCCUUCAAAUGAAGGAGGAGGAUGUGUUGAAGUUCUUGGCUGCGUCAACUCACCUGGGAGGGACCAACUUGGACUUCCAGAUGGAGAAUUAUGUCUACAAGAGGAAAAGUGACGGUGUGUACAUCAUCAACCUGAAGAAGACCUGGGAGAAGCUGCUGCUGGCAGCCAGAGCCAUCGUUGCCAUCGAGAACCCAGCUGAUGUCUGCGUCAUCUCCUCCAGAAACACUGGGCAGAGAGCCGUGUUGAAGUUCGCCUCUGCUACCGGCUCCACCACCUUCCAUGGCCGUUUCACCCCUGGCACCUUCACCAACCAGAUCCAGGCUGCCUUCAGGGAGCCCCGCCUCCUGAUCGUGACAGAUCCCCGUGCCGACCACCAGCCACUGACUGAGGCUUCCUACGUGAACAUCCCCACCAUUGCUCUGUGCAACACCGACUCUCCCCUGAGAUACGUGGACAUCGCCAUCCCCUGUAACAACAAGGGUCACCACUCUGUGGGUCUGAUGUGGUGGAUGCUGGCCAGGGAGGUCCUGAGGAUGAGGGGCACCAUCUCCAGGGAGCACCCCUGGGAGGUCAUGCCCGAUCUGUACUUCUACAGGGAUCCUGAAGAGAUCGAAAAGGAGGAGCAGGCGGCUGCUGAGAAGGCGGUUGGAAAGGAGGAGUUCCAGGGUGAAUGGACCGCUCCUGCUGCCGACUUUGCUCAGCCCGAGGUGGCCGACUGGUCUGAGGGUGUCGCUGUGCCAUCUGUGCCCAUCCAGCAGUUCCCCGCAGCUGCUCCAGCUGUGAAGACCGGGGAAGUCUAUUCCGAGGACUGGAGCAACCAGGCGCCCACUGAGGACUGGUCCACUGCUCCCACUGCCCAGGCCUCUGACUGGGGUGGUGCAGCCUCUGACUGGAACUAAGUCUCAUGUGGAAGGCAACAAUAAAAGUGUUUUGUACACAGA